CUUGGCUUGCAGACAUAGCAUUUUUCGUUCCACGAAUACGAAGUUACUUUUUACCGUUGAGUCAACUGUUUUACACCAUGGCCGAUCACCUGUAUGCCAGAAAAAAUGAUGCUUUAAACGUUAACCCUGACAUUGUCAAUGGGCAACGCAGCGACAUUAACAUCACUGUCAGAGGCUCUGACUGGUAUUGGGCUGUAUGCGCAGUCAUGACAGUUUCAACCUUUGCGUUUCUCGGGCUUGGAAUGAGAAAGCCUCGCACCGACCGUAUCUUCCACUACAUCACUGCAGGCAUCACAAUGAUUGCAUCGAUCGCAUACUUCACGAUGGCCUCAAACCUCGGCUGGACGCCUAUCGCAGUUGAGUUUAAGCGGUCCGAUCAUAGGGUUGCCGGGAUCUACAGAGAGAUCUUUUAUGCGAGAUACAUUGACUGGUUCUUGACAACCCCCCUGCUACUCACAGAUCUGCUUCUUACUGCCGGCAUGCCAUGGCCUACUGUACUGUGGGUAAUUCUCGUGGACUGGGUCAUGAUUGUCACCGGACUAGUCGGGGCCCUGGUCAAGAGUUCCUACAAAUGGGGUUAUUUCGCCUUCGGUUGCGCUGCCCUCGCAUACAUCGUUUAUGUUCUCGCUUGGGAAGCUCGUCUGCACGCUAAACAUGUUGGACCUGAUGUCGGUCGAACCUUUGUCAUGUGCGGUUCCCUUACAGCUGUUGUCUGGAUUCUCUAUCCCAUCGCCUGGGGCGUCUGUGAAGGUGGCAAUCUUAUUGCUCCGGACUCCGAGGCUGUCUUCUACGGCAUUCUUGAUCUCAUCGCAAAGCCUGUCUUUGGAGCCUUGCUUCUCUGGGGACACCGAAACAUCGACCCUGCUCGUCUUGGCCUUCGCAUUCGCGACAUUGACGAGCGCAUCUUCCCAGAUGGUCCCAACAAUAAGACCACGUCUGGACAUGGUGCUCGAAACGAUACUGCCACUGCCUCUGGCGCUAAUGUCAACCCAAACGCUUGAGUGGAAGGCUACGAUUAAAAAUAAUCGGCGGCCUGGUUCUUGGGACCGCCAAGAUCUUAGAUCUUGGUCUCUUGCACGGUUUUCUGGUCAAUUCACCAACUGUUCCUGUUGUAUGUUGUUCACGAGUUGGAUGCAUGUGUAUAGUUUCAUGUACAGGUACUAGUCUGAUGAUACCCGAAGUCUGUUUCGUGGCAC